AUGGAUUGCCUCUCAGAAUACAGCGAUACUCUUACUCUGCCCUCUGGGCGCAUCCUAGCAUGGAAAUUAUAUGGAGGUACUCUUCAAGAAAAAGGCGCUGAAAAGCCAGCUAUUGUCUUCUACUUCCACGGAUAUCCAGGCUGUUCCGUUGAAGCCACUCUCAUCCCAGUGGAACUUCUCCAAAAAAGCAAUAUACGCUGCAUCGCCCCUGACCGACCGGGCAUGAAUAUGUCAACACACUACGACGAACGCCGAAUCUUAGAUUGGCCCACAGAUGUUCUCGCAAUCGCAGAUCAUUUGGGCGUAUCUCGCUUCUUUGUGCUCGGUGUCUCGGGAGGAGGUCCCUACGCCCUUGCUUGCGCCUAUUCCGUACCCCGGGAUCGUCUUCAAGGUGUGGCAGUAGUCAGCAGUAUGUACCCGACUACUUUCAGUACUGAAGGAAUGCUUCCCGAGUUGAAGGUGCUACUUGCAGCUGGGGCUUGGCUGCCGAGAAUUGUGACCAGUGCAGUGUUAGAUUUGUGCAUGGGUCGUGCGGGAAGAAACAAGGACCCGAAAGUCUUGGAAGCGGCAGUUGACAAAGCGAUGGAAGGGAGGCCAGAGGCAGAACGUACGGCUUGGAAAAACGAGAGAGUCAGAGUAGCAGCUAUUGAAUCUGUACGUGGCGCAUUUCGGCAAGGCGGAAGGCCCUCAGCCACAGAGUUGAUGAUUCUUUGCGACUGGGGAUUUCACCUCAAUGACAUAGCUGGGGAGAGGGUGCGAAUAUGGCAUGGCAAGCUUGACAGGAAUGUGCCAGUUCGUAUGGCCGAGCAGGCUGCGGAACUGAUGCCUGAAGCAAAGACUCAUUUCUUUGAGAACGAAGGUCAUCUAAGCUCGUCAGCUAAUCACAUCUCUGAAGUACUAGCUGAUCUUAUUAGCCAGUGA